AUGUCUCAACUUCAGAAAUUGCGAAAGACGCUCAGCGAUGUAACCGCUAUUCGUAAUGCGCUCAUUAAGGAGCUUCAGCCCUUCGAGUUGGCUCCAUCGCCAUCACUUGUCCCCAUCGAAAAAAUCCCAAACGAAAACUUGAUUCAAAUCUUCGACUACGCGAUCCAAGACUGCCACCCUGACAUUUGCUGCCUUCUUCUUGUUUCAAAGCGCUGGCAUAACCUCGUCAUGAAAACGUCCUCUUUGUGGGCCCGGAUCGAACUCGUCUGCCGUCGCAUAAAUAAUCGGCCUACCUCUCUUCCUCACGUCUCGUACGUUAAAGCGUGCUACACUCGCUCGAUGGAGAGGCUACUCGAUGUUGUGAUCGAUUACACUAGCUUUCCGACGGACUACAACUCCCGAAAGGAAAACAUCGAACAUCUUACCAGCAUAGUAGAAAGCAAGGGCGAGAGUUCCUUUCUCAUCAAGGACCUUUGGGAGAAUAAAGAUAGCGUGUUUGAUGAAGAAUGCGAUUGCGAUGAUUGUAGCGCCAGCAGAUGGGAUGAAGCGUACGGCUAUGAAUACGAGUACGGCUACAAGAACCCGCGCAAACUAGUCGAUGAGUCAACCGAAGCUCGCAAAAGGUUGCUGAACAGAGUCGAGGCGUUGGGGUUGGAGCUUGGGACCGACAACGGGAAGCUGAUGGGACGCUGGAAAUCUGCCAAUAUUCUUAUUCCAAGUAGUGUUGCUACCACAGGAACUCGAUACGAUGAGAAGGAGUUCGCCAAGUUGAAGAAAUUGGUACUAGCGCCACUCGUAGGAGACACUCCCAGCCUCCUUACUUUGCAGAUUCGCAAUAUUCACGUCUUACCUUUCCUGAAGCGGUUGGAUAAGACAUCAAGAAUGGCUAAUGUCCACUCGUUGACAUUAGAUGCUCUCGAGUACUUCCCAUCAUGCCUUCAGUCAGAUGCACUGCACUACUUGAGCAUUGGCCACGUCCGCAACUACAACCAGCUGGCUCCGCUGGCGACACUUCCUUCGUUGCAGGAGCUCAAAUUGCUCAACUUCUCAAGUCCGUAUUCGUAUUACAGCCAGCAACUCAGGCUGGCUCCUCAGACCAUAAUUCGUCUGAAGGGGCUGAAGAAACUUUCUUUCCGGUAUCAAUCUCAUCUCGAUCGUUACAUCCGUUUUGAAACACCGCAUCUCGAAGAGGUCCAUGUCAAAACGCUUGAUGAUACGCCGGAUAUGGGCAUCUCAACUAGUACUCUGGUUUGGGAGCCGUGGUACUGGAACGAAAAUGUCUCCAGAGAGACAUGCAGAAAGAUCCUUGACUCGGCAUUUGUAUGGCUUGGCUUAGCUCAUACGCUGAUCUUGCGCAACUUUCCUGAAGAUUUUGUGCUGGAAUACCUGAAAGACCGCGAACAUCCUUCAACUCUCCGCGUUAUCUACGUCGACGAGCUAAAGGGAGUUCCCCGUGCAGUAUACGUUGCAAAAUAG